AAAAUUACUAGCUUUUUGUAAUUAUUUUCUAAUCUCUGCAUGACUGAAUAAUAAAAUAUGAGAGUUAAAAUUAUCUUGUCAUAAUCGUAAUUUUAAAUUGAUCAUCUUGAAAAUAAAAUAUCGAUUAAUGAAUUGAUCUUUUUAUAUGACAUGUCGAUAGUAAAAAAAGAAGUAAUUUAGAAUAGUAUUUAAAAAUAUUUAUGUGCAACUUAUUAAUGAGAGAGACAUUAAUUUAUGUCACACAUACAUUGUCACAAGCAGUUUUUAAAUGGUAAAAUAAUAAAAUACAAAAUUCGUGUGACAUUACUCGAAUUAAAGGUUAUAUUUUUGUUGAACGUUUUACACGUGUUCGUUGCUUGUAAAUAAAUAUUUGGAAUCAUGAAAGAAGUUUUACUAUCAAAUUGUGAAAAGAAUUUUGUAAAUAAAUCAGUGGAACAAGGCACGAGUUGUAGCACAAGUAACAUGCGAUAUUCAACAACCUAAAACUUCUCGUCCUAAUGAAGGGAUGUUGCAUAUAAAUGUUGAACUUAAUCCAAUGGCUGCACAACAUUUUGACAGUGGCAGACAAUCUGAGAUUUCAAUAUUGAUCAGCAGACAACUUGAAAAAUGUUAUCAAGAUUCUAAAUGUGUAGAUCUAGAAUCCUUAUGUAUUAUAGCUGAUAAAAAGGUAUGGAAUUUAAGGGUCGAUAUUAAUGUCAUUAAUCAUGAUGGAAACUUAAUUGAUUGUGCUUCUAUUGCAACAUUAGCUGCUCUCUCUCAUUUUCAUAGGCCUGAUGUAACUUCAAAUGGUGAAGAUAUUAUAGUUCAUCCAUUUUCUGAAAAGGAUCCUUUACCUCUAACAUUAUAUCAUUAUCCAGUGUGUGUCUCUUUUAUAACAUUUGAAAGUGGAAGUACAGUUAUGGAUCCAACAUACUUAGAAGAAAGAGUUGGAGUAGCUCAACUUACUCUUGGCAUUAACUCAUAUAGAGAACUUUGUAGUUUACAUUUUAAUUAUUUGACAAAAACUAUGACUGUAGAAGAUGUGAUAUCAGCGGUUUCUAGUUAUGCAACAAAUUAUGCUGUUCAAUUGGUGCAACAAAUAAAAGAAGCAGUAAAUUAUGAUGUGGAAGCAAGGUAUAAGAAAGAAGAUCGUAACACAAAUCGUUUUAAGGAGUGUAUAAUGACCAAAAAAUUGACUACAAUGAACAGUGAAUGUAUCAGUAUUAAACUACGUAAAUGGGAUGAUAUAAAAAACAUAGAAUCUGAUGAAUAUAUCAUUUGGUGAAGGUGGACCUAAUUCAUGGAAUGUGUCAGAAUCCGAAGAAGAAAUCGAUGACGUUGAAAUUACUACUGUAAUAAAGAAAGAAGAAAAUAAAACUAUAGAAAGUAUAGGUAUUCUAUAUAAUUACUUUUACUACAUUUUCUCGAUAAAUGAUAAUAAUAACAAAUAAUUAUUAAUCGUUCUAGAAUUGAAUGGAGAUAGUGAAGAAGAAAAUAUUGAAAUAUUAGAGACGAAAGAUAUAAUGCAGUAAAUGAAUAAUAAAUUAUAUAAAAAUUUAAUUGUUUUAUUUAUAUAGAUAUUUUCCGUAUAUAAUAAAGAAAAUAAAUAUGUAUGGAGUAAAUAAACAAUAUUUUAUUAAGUAUUGUUGUACAUAUAUUUUUUAAUAUAUUUUAUACAUAGUUCUUAUAAAAUACCUAUGCCUAUUAACAAGUAAAAAUCCAUACACAUAUUUUUGAUCUCACUAAUAAAAUAUUAGUAUAAUAACAGAACUUAUUAAACAAGGCCUAGGCUAUGUGGUAUCAUUACUUAAACCAUUCUUUUGAUCCAGUUUAUUGGCAUUAGUUUUUACCGUGUAAAUAAAAAAGCUUAAUGCCUCUUUUUCAAUUACAGGGAUAGUCUUAAAAUGCUUCAUAAGAGUCUGAAAAAAAUAUAAGGACUUUUACUUGAAAUUUAUAUCUAUUCAAUAUUUUAUAUUUUUGUGAAUAUCUUAUUUAAUACUUACAUCUGCUAAUUGAGCUUUAUUUAAACCUGGACGUGUGGAAACUUUAUAAUGCCUUUUAUAUCGCCUAAGUGUACCCACUUGUAAUUGAAAAAGGUCAACUUCAGGCAAAUCAUUAUCUGUUUCACCCGAAUCUUCUUCAGAAUCCUUACGUCUACGCUGUUGUUGUUGUUUAGAUCUUGCACAUUGUAUCACUUGCUUAUGAUAAUCACAAAUGUAUAUAUGACGUGCCUGAUGAUAGAUAAGAUAUAUGAUGACAUAUUAUCAUAUACAUUAGAUUUUGAUAUUUAAUUUUUUUUUUACAAUACAAGAUACUUAGUUAUAUCUAAAGCAUAA